AUGGAGAAAUUCUCUCAGUUCCGGGAUCGAGGCUCGGGCAUUGCGCCCUUCCUCCCCAUUCCAUCCGAGUCAUUAGGCUUACAAGCCCCUCUCCGUGUCUUCCUCUUCUGCUUCCGCCUGCCUUUCUUCAUCUUCGUAACAUUCGCCUACUUUGCGAUUCUUCAAUGGCUUCCCAUUGGGUCCCUGGGCAAAAAGGCCGCACUAUGGUGCAUCUUAGGUGUCCCCAGCAUCUGGUGGAUUGACCUACAGGUAGAUGGAGUCAAGAAAGGCUCUCUCUCAAAGCAACAACAAGCUCGACUCCCGCAACCAGGCUCCGUCAUCGCCUCAUCUUUCACCUCUCCCAUCGACGCUAUUUACCUAGCCGCAAUCUUUGACCCGGUCUUCACAGCCGCAUACCCAAACACCCGCCAAGUUGAACGUAUCUCUCUUCUGCAAGCCGUGAUCCGUGCCUUCGCACAGCCAUCAUCGCAGCCGGAACCAGGUACCCAACUUGUGGACGUGGCCUCGCUCGUCGCGAAAUACCCUAACAGACCAAUCGUAAUCUUCCCGGAGUGCACUACGACCAACGGCCGCGGUAUCCUUCCGUUGAGCCAUGCUCUCCUCGGUGUACCCCCCAAGACCAAAGUCUUCCCGGUCAGUCUGCGAUACACACCCGCGGACGUGGUAACCCCACUCCCAGGUAGCUAUAUCACUUUCUUCUGGACGCUGCUCAGCAAGCCGACGCAUUGUAUCCGUGUUCGGAUUGCCGAGUAUGUUACGAAUUCGCGUAGUGCGACUGAUGCUCCCCCUGCGCGAUCGACAAGGCAGUCGACUUAUAACUCUAAUUAUUUGGAUACGCUGGAGGAUGAGGCUGAAGGUGGGGUUACGACUGGCGAGAAAGCGUUCCUUGACCUUGUUGGUGAAUCGCUGGCAAGACUAGGACGUGUUAAGAGGGUUGGAUUGGGGGUUAAGGAGAAGCAGGAGUUUAUGGUGAAGUGGAGUAAGACCAGGAAGACUUGGUGA